GUUCCUUUCGACUUUAGAAAGCAGGUGAAAGUUUCCCAAUCAUCCAAUGGUUUUCCUUCUAGUUCUUCUUUUGAUUUUGUUUGUUCUGGUUCGAAUUGUGGUGAUUGAGGCUGGAUUUGGUGGAGACUUGUCUUUCUGAGUGAAAUAUAUAAUAUCUGGUCGUCUUUGUUUUUUGACAGAGGUAUAGUGGGAAGAAGUCUGCUGCAAGCAGCAGUGGCUCAUCGAGAGACUGAAGUUGGACUGAUAGGAGUGACAUAGACCUUCAAGGCUUCAAGUUCAUUAUGUAUCCAUAUUUCACGUAUAUGUUGCUGGUUUCAUUCUGUUUGGAUUCCCAAGGAUCGCAAUUUGCGUGAUUCAGAAUUCUGAUCUUCCCCAUUGUCUCUACUUGUCCAGUGUAAUUUGUUAGUGGCCAAGUCUGUAUGUUAUAUGACUCAGAUGUUUUCCUUUUUUCAAUGUAUAUAUGUUUUAGAAGCUUCCUGUUGGGUUUGGUUAACACAGCAUCAUUAAAGGGGAUACUUUUUGAACUGGAGCAUGAAUCGUUAGAUAGAAGGAAAGAGGAUGGGUAGGUAGGGGAUACUUUUUGAACUGGAGCAUGAAUCGUUAGAUAGAAGGAAAGAGGAUGGCUACCCACCCCUUUUGCAGGAAGUCUUUGUGGGUAGGAUGUCACUCAGGAAAUUCCACCCUUCUGGACAAAACUAUUUCCUUUACAUGAUGAAAUGGCUUUUUAGGGAUCUAGAUCCCUCCAAUUUUUCGUACGCAAUUUUCCUCCUUGGUACCAUGUAUUAGUGAGGGACCUACUUAUAUAUAAUGAGUUCUACUUCAAUUCUCGGUAGAUGAUCUAAUAAGAAGGAUAAUGGAGUAAAAAUGUAUUGGAAGAGAUUUAACUCUGGUUUUCAGGGUCUGUUGGCCUCUGAUGGCGGAGUACCUUAAUUCUUGUUUGCCAUGCACGGAAGCAGUGUAACGUUUUAGGUCUGUUGGUUCUUAAUCCCUUUUUAUGUUCCAUAUUUUAUCUAUUGUUUGGUUAGAAAAAAAUUAACCCGGCCUCGAUCUUUAGCUGAGCUAAGUGAUUAUAGAACUUUAAGGCUUGAAGCAAUGAAGAUGGCACCAGUUUGGUUGUUCAAGGGAGUACCUUAACCUGGGUUUUAGUAGACCUUGACCAGGAUAAGAAAAUGCCAGAUGGGAAUAUGUCUACAUCAUAUGGUCGACUGGUAUAACAACUUCCAACUAAUGAACAGAAAAUCAUAAGGUCGUUGUCAAGUAUCUGACUUUACUUAUGCACACAAAAAACACAUAAGAAUAUCAAAUUGCGUGGUGGUUUGGAAUUUUAUAAUACACCAUUAUGUGAUUGGUUUAUCAAACAUGGCCAGCUACGUUGUUAUAGGUCUUCUCCUGCUAUUAUAGUUGUUGCAUAAAAGCUCUCAAACAUCUUGAUGUAUCUUCCAUAAGUCUCCAACAAAUGAGGGGGAGAGCCAUUGUUUUGAUAUUAUUCUUCUGGGCAGUCCUCUCAAUCGUCACCCCUACGCUAAUUCGCUUGUCUGCAGCUGCCAAGCCCUACUCGGAGUCUAAUGGCGAUGGAGGGGAAGGAAGGAUGGUUCGGAUAGAAAUGAAGUUGUUGCCCAGAAGAGCACUUGUAGCUACAUCACAGCCACAGGUGGCAGUUCCACCACCAACACCAACACCAACACCAGCCCCAGCCCCAGCCCCAGCCCUACAACCAGAUUUUGGAAUUAGAAAGCUUUAGAAACUCUGAGAUGGGGGAUCAAGUUGAGCACAACGUAGCCCAUAACCAGAGCACAAGAUCAUGCCAAGUCUCAAAACUGCAGUUGUUCAAGAACAUUAAGAUUUGGAAGUGUUAAGCUAACCCUCUUGAGAUAUGAGCUUAAACUUAUUGGAUCAACCGUUUCUAAUGUCAGCCAUGAUUGUAAAUAUGACACUAAGAGGUCCAGAAGGGACUGCGUUAGUGUCUGUAUUGAAAACAUUUUUUUUUUGUCACUUUUAAUACAUGGUAAAGGAAAAUAAGAGAUAUAACUUAUCAAU